CGCGUGUGUUUAUUGCUGUUAUUUGCGUUUGCCGGUCUGCAACGGUCUUUCCAGUUCAGUAACAGCCAUGGAAACAAGAAAGCUCGCGUUGAAAGAAUUAAAAUCGUUCAUUACUGAAUCAGAGCGUAGGAUAAACAGCUUACUAGAUAGCAUUGGAUGGACUAAAGAAUGCGUUCAACGAUCGAGUACCAUCCAACCUAAGAACGACAUUGAAGGUGUGAAAGCUGAGUCGACGUCAACCGAUACGUUUCCUCCAUCCUUUCAAGCCACCGAUAGUUCUUCUUCGAUUCGAUUAGAUAACAUUAAACAGGCCGAAGCGAUAUUAGAAGAUAUGUAUAAAAAUCCAUCAUUUGAACUGGGCGUCCCAUUAGAGGAGCUUGCGAACCGUAACCCACCAUCAAAUCUCGAAGAUUUGCAUGCAAAUUUUACGCGAGACGAGCGUUUGUCUAUGUACACUCAUGUGCUGAUAAACACUACCAAACCACCCGAUGUGCCGGAAGUUAAGAUAAGGUUUAAACGUGAUGCACACUCGGAAGAAAAGGUCGCAUCACUUGCCGAAAUAGCAGCAAUCGAACGAGAUACGCGCAGACGAAACCCGAAACAUAGGGUGUCCAAAAAUCCGCUAACAUAUAAAGAAGAAGUGAAACAUUUGAUUCAGGUGCAAACCGAUGCUUUGGCUCAUCAUUUCAGCCAAUCUUCCGCCAGCACACAAGCAAGUGAUAAAAGCAAAAGGAAAAAAAUUAAACACACACGAAAAUCUCGUUCCAAAUCACCAGAACCGGAACGUAGACACAAAAAAGCAAAACGGCAUAGAAGUCGCUCCCGAGAGCGUUUACUGUCUGCCGAACGAAAACGCCAUAAAUCGCACAAAAAACACAAAAGAAGGCACAAUCAAUAA